UCUUCCACUCGAGGAUGAAGAUGAGCGGAGCGCCCAUGGCGGCGGCCUUCCGACCAGCGGCGCAACACCUCGUCGCCCUAUGCGACGACGCCCCUUCUCAUUCCCGCUGCUCAAGCAGCUUUCGCCAGCGCCCUGCGCCUCUGCCGCCCUAUAAGAUCCCGUUCCCGUAUCACUAUACCUUCUGGGAUUAGGUCGCCAAGAUCUAGAUUCGAGCUAGUGGAGCUGAAUACGUAUGUGGUCCUUGUAGAGCUCCGCCGCAGGUAGCUCAUAGAGUCAUAGUCGACAGCCGACGCCCACUGCCGCCGACAUGCGCCUCACCCACGAGCUAUGGGGGUCACCGGCGGCCGAGAGGACGGCCUCGCCAUUGAGUUAUACAGGAUUUCAGGAACCGUGUGGAGACCUAUACAGAAUUCUUAUGCUCAACUACCAGUUAUACGCGUGUAACCGCGUGGAGGAUUGCAGAGAACUGACAAGCGCAAGUGGGGCCUGGAUAUUUUCCUGGUUGACAAGUCUGUGGCCGCCAAGGAUGACCAACUGAUGCCAUGGCCUGAUCAACAGACCCACCCCAGAGCAGUAUAGGUACCAUUCACCAUUAAUCUGAGCGAGAGAGAGAGAGAGAGAGAGAGAGAGAGAGAGAGAGAGAGGGAGGGGAACGGGGAGCUAGAACGAUGAGGCGACGGCAUCAGCUGCUGGUUUCGCCGUCUUGUUGCCUGAGCGGCCUCGUGCUGCUGCUCCUCGCGCUGUCUGCUCGAGCUCAGCGGCAGGCACACACAGAUCCCUCUGAAGUGGCCGCACUGAACGCCAUCUUCCGGCGAUGGGGCCUGCGGGCGUCUGCGGCGUGGAACAUCAGCGGCGAGCCUUGCAGCGGUGCCGCCACCGACGACACCGACAUUGAUGAUGACCCAAACUUCAAUCCGGCCAUUAAGUGUGACUGCUCCUACAACGGCAGCACCGUCUGCCACAUCACCAGGAUGAAAGUAUAUGCACUAGAUGUGGCUGGUCAGAUUCCUGCGGAACUGCAAAAUCUAACUUACCUGGCAAACCUGAAUUUAGGGCAAAAUUACCUGACUGGAUCUUUACCGGCAUUUCUUGGAAAGCUGACUCGGUUGCAAUAUCUAUCUUUCGGAGUCAAUGCAUUAACUGGAGUUGUACCGAGGGAGCUGGGAAAUCUCAAGAAUCUCAUUUCGCUGUCCAUUGGCACAAAUAAGUUGGUUGGUCCACUCCCCGAAGUAGUAGAAAACUUGACCAAACUUGAGCAACUGUAUAUCGAUAGUUGUGGUUUAAGUGGAGAGCUGCCAUCUACCUUUUCCAAACUUAAGGGCCUGAGAGUCCUAUGGGCAUCAGAUAACGAGUUUAUCGGAAAGAUACCUGAUUACAUUGGAAGCUUAUUGAAUUUGACGGACCUGAGACUCCAUGGAAAUAACUUUGACGGUCCCAUUCCUGCAAGUUUUUCUAAUCUUGUCAACUUGGCAAAUUUGCGAAUAGGUGAUUUUACGGGAGAGGUGUCUUCAUUGGCUUUUGUGGUUAACAUGACAUCAUUGAAUACUCUAGUUCUGCGGAACUCCAGGAUAUCUGACAACCUUGCUUCAGUGGACUUCUCGAAAUUUGUUGGACUCAAUUAUCUGGACUUGAGUUUUAACAGCAUCACAGGCAAAGUUUCUCCAACCCUUCUGAACCUGAAUCCCCUCAAUUUCCUAUUUCUUGGGAGCAAUAACCUCUCUGGGGGCCUACCAGACAUGAUUAGCCCUUCACUUACUACUAUUGAUCUGUCAUACAAUAUGCUCUCAGGAAGAUACCCUUCUUGGGUUAACAUGAAUAAUUUACAUGUGAAUUUGGUGUGGAACAACUUUGGGAUAGAUAACUCGAACAACAGUAUUUUGCCUUCAGGACUAAACUGUCUUCAGCGAGAUACUCCAUGUUUAAUUGGUUCUCCAUCUCAUUCUUCCUUUGCGGUAGACUCUGAUGGUAAGAGACCCAUCAGAGGCUCAGACAACUCUAUUUACGAACCUGAUGAUGCCAGUCUUCAAGGUGCAUCAUACUACGUUACAAACUCAACGAGAUGGGGUCUUAGCAACAUCGGGAAAUUCGUGGAUUCCCCCAAUGGGAGUUACAUAAUAGACACUUCUCGCCGGUUUACCAACACACUUGAUUCUGAACUAUUUCAGACAGCCAGAAUGUCACCAUCUUCAUUGAGAUACUACGGCAUUGGGCUCAAGAAUGGCAUGUACAAAGUUGUACUUCAAUUUGCAGAGAUCUUUUUCCCAGGUGAUCAGACAUGGAAAAGCGUGGGAAAGAGGAUUUUUAAUAUAUAUAUCCAGGGGGAUCUUAAAGAAACAGAUUUCGAUAUAAAGAAACAAACAAAUGGAAAAUCUUACACUGUUGUUGAAAGACAUUAUAUUGUUGAAGUAACGAAUAAUUUUCUUGACAUUCAUCUCUUUUGGGCUGGAAAGGGCACUUGUUGUAUUCCUAACCAAGGGUUCUACGGGCCAUUGAUCUCAGCAAUAAGCGUAUCCUCUUAUGGUAGCAACGGCGAAGGGGAUCCUGGUCCACAGAAAAACAGCAGUACCAAUAGAACAGGUUUGGUUGUUGGAGUUGUAGUCUCUGUUGCAGUUUUAGGGUUUCUAGCACUCGCCGGGGUCUUUGUUUGGAGACAGAAAAGGAGGAGGUUAGAGGUGGAAAUGGAAGAGCUGUUCAGUAUAGUUGGAAGGCCUAACAUCUAUAGUUACGGUGAAAUAAAAUCUGCUACGGACAGUUUUAGUCCUAGUAACAUUCUCGGAAGCGGGGGAUAUGGAAUUGUGUACAAGGGUAAGCUACUUGAUGGGAGAAUGAUAGCUGUAAAGCAGCUGUCUUCUACAUCUCAUCAAGGGAAAAAGGAGUUCAUGACAGAAAUUGCAACCAUAUCUGCGGUGCAGCACCGAAACCUUGUGAAGUUGCACGGUUGUUGCAUCGACAGUAAGACUCCACUUUUGGUCUAUGAGUACCUGGGAAAGGGGAGCCUCGAUCAAGCAAUCUUUGGCAAGACAGACUUGAACCUAGAUUGGAGGACACGCUUUGAGAUAUGCGUAGGCAUUGCAAGAGGUCUAGCAUACCUCCAUGAGGAGUCAAGCAUGCGAAUAGUGCACAGGGACAUCAAAGCCAGCAAUGUCUUGCUCGAUGCUGAUCUCAACCCUAAGAUCUCCGACUUCGGGCUGGCCAGGCAUUAUAAGGACAGCAUGACGCAUCUCAACACCGGAGUCGCUGGCACGCUUGGUUAUCUCGCACCCGAGUACGCCAUGAUGGGACACCUGACGGAAAAGGUGGACGUUUUCGCAUUUGGCGUCGUGGCACUGGAGAUCAUCACGGGACGCCGCAACUUCGAUGACAGCCUAGAGGAAGAUGAGAAGUAUCUUCUUGGACGUGCCUGGCAUCUGCAUGAGAGCCAACGGACACUUGAACUGCUAGACAAUAAACUUGCCAAAUUCCACGACGAAGAGGCUGCGCGGCUCAUCAAUGUCGCUCUUCUUUGCACGAUGGGCCUGCCUCAGCAACGCCCACCGAUGUCCAAGGUCGUGUCCAUGCUCACGGAAGACAUCGAGAUGGCCGACGUGGAUACGACCAUGAGGCCUAACUACGUCCCUGAAUGGCAGCUCAGGAGCUUGAGCAGCAGCUUCUUCUCAGGGUCGGGGUCGUCGGUUCAGCAGUCCACGGGCAGCGAGGUCAGUGCGCCGUCCAGCUCGAGCAAGAAACCGGCCUGGAUCCACAGGGACACCUCGCCGCUGGCUCUGUCGCCUUGUUCUAGUGGCGGGAUCGACGAGGGAGCGUGAAUGCCCGUGCCUGCAAGGCUGCAGAUUUUAGUUCGAGUUGAGAACCUGGAUCUUGUCCUUUCCAACAUUGGGUCCUGAACUCUUGAUUCCUUCAUUGCUAUACUACUCCCUCUGUUCACUUUUAUAAGGCGCUGAAGAAUUUCAGACAGCGUGCAAAGUAGCCUAUUUUCAGUUGUCUGAAAUGACUUACAAAAGUGAACGGAGGGAUUAUCAUAUUUCGUUAGUUUGUGUAGAGAAGAACGUUACCGUUGAAUGAAGAGAAAGGCAUUUGGAAUCUGAAUAAAUCUGCUGUUAAUCUGUCAGAUCCUUGUGUCU